AUGUCUGUCGCAAUCAAGGGUGUUGUCCGACUCCGCGUGCUGGCGGGUAAAGCGAGUCCAUCACCGGCCAUUGGUCAGGCUCUAGGUCCUCUUGGCGUUAAUAUGAUGGAAUUCUGCAAGGCAUUCAAUGAUCGUACGUCCAACAUGACGGAAAAUAUUCCUGUGCCCGUGGUGCUCACGGCUUAUACGGACCGCACGUUUGCAUUUGCUACCAAGACACCACCGACUUCGUGGUUCCUUAAGAAGGCGGCAGGUAUUACGUCAGGAUCGGCGACUCCUGGACAACAAGUGGUGGGAACUGUGCAUUUGCGCCAGAUCUAUGAGAUUGCCAAGGUUAAACAGCAGGACGAGAUGGUGGACUACAUUGACCUUCCGUCCAUCUGCAAGACCCUCAUUGGCUCAGCCAAAUCCAUGGGACUUGAUGUUGUGCCGUAA